AUGUCUCUCGCAACAGCUCCCCAACUCAAAGUUCUCGUCAACGGUGCUGGCAUUGCAGGAUCAAAUUUCGCCUACUGGCUCGCCAGAACAGGUCUGAAUGCCUCCAUCACCGUUCUAGAACGCUCGCCAUUCCCUCGGCCCACCGGCCAGUCCAUCGAGAUUCGCGGUCCAGCCAUCUCCAUCGUCGAGAAGAUGGGCCUCUUGCCAAGCGUACUUGCACGCAACACCACGGAAGAGGGCACACGCCUGAUCAACGCACAAAGCAAGAUUGUCGCCGAGUUCGGAAAAGGCGGCUUUACAUCCGAGUAUGAGAUCCUGCGAUCAGAUCUCUGCGGCCUAUUCUUGGAUGCGUCGAAGAGUAUGAAGAAUGUGAAAUACGUGUACGGCGACUACGUCACAGCGGUACAACAAACAGACCAGUCGGUGGACGUGACCUUCGACAGUGGAGCAAAAGACAAGUUCGACCUCAUCGUUGGCGCAGACGGCUCAGCGUCACGAAUCCGCUCCCUUAUCCUGGAUGAAGAGACGCUCAAGGGAAGUUACAACUUCAUCGGGCAAUACGUCGCGUACUUCAGCAUUCCCCGCCAGGAAUCCGACACGAAGCACUGGUAUUGGUACAACGCACCAAAAGGCCGAGGCUUGAUGACGCGACCGCAUCGCAACGGCAAGACGAUUGGGUGUUACGUCAUCAUCACAACGCCAGCACAUGGACACUACGAUCCCCUCGUCGAAGCAGCGAUGGAAGGCGGUCCCGAGAAGCAGAAAGAAAUCCUUCAUACGUAUCUCGACGAUGCGGGGUGGCAGGCUGAGCGCAUCCUCGCCGGCAUGGACGCAUGCGACGACUUCUAUAUGAGCCGCUCAGCGUACGUCAAGCUUCCCACUUGGACGAACAAUCGUGCUGUUCUUCUUGGCGAUGCAGCCCACGCCACAUUCGGUGUUGGCACUACCCUCGCUGUCGAGGGCGCAUACUUCCUCGCAGGCGAACUCGGCAAGAUCAAGACCACCGACGAUAUCCCAGCUGCGCUCAAGCGCUACGAAGAGACGUACCGUAAGGUCCAAGGUCAAGGUGCAGACUUGCCGCCUGGCUUCCCUCAGUUCGCUUUCCCUCAGACUACUUGGGCAAUAAGGCUACGCGACGCACUCGCCUGGACGUUUUGCAAGACGAAAGCGUAUAAGUUGUUGCCGGAGGACAAGCCGGAUGAUUCGAAGCUGCCGCCGUACGAAUGGGUCGCUGUGUGA